AUGAAUGAUUAUCAAUCUUUAUCUGAAGCUGAAAUGGAUAGUAUUAUUGGUCGCACCUUUCCAUAUAAUGAUAUCCUAAACGAUGACAUUGCCAAGUCAGCUCGAUUAGUUGUAAAUAAAUUCAAAGAAAUUCUCCGUGAGCUUAACCACAAUUCAAUAAAACGAAAAGGUGUUCUUAAACGUUUAUCACUAGAUUUUGUUAAAGAAUUUCGUCAAAGUGGUCUUCGAACGACUGUUACUCCCUAUAUUCAUAUAAUUGGAAACCAUCUAUUUGAAUUUGAAGCAUUCAAUGACCUUGGAGAUUAUAAUAUGCAAGGUGUCGAAAAAAAUAAUGAUUUACUUUCUCGUCUCUAUUUUUCUUCUACAAAUCCUGCAAAAAAUCCUCUUCUCACUAUGCUCCAAAAAUUAUAUAGAAUGCUUGAGAUGAAUUUUCAAGAUGAAAAAGAGAGAGAUGCAAUGGCUAAAUUUGCUCGUACAGGUGUAUACGAUUUUGUGGAAGAAAACCUGAGUGAAUCUGAAUCUGAUACCGAAGAUCAUACUAUUCUUUGUCGAAACAAGAGCGAAUAUAUCGAAAGUGAAGAUGAACGUGAAGAGCAAUUUGAUUCAUCUAUAAUAGCAACCGAUGAAGAUGAUAAAGAUGAAACAGAAUUAGAAGAAUCUAAUAAUAAUAAUAAUAGUAAUAAUCAUAAUAGUAUUAAUCAUAAUAAUCGUAGUAAUAAUAAUGUAUAUAUUGAAAGUCCUGUUCUUAUUAUAAUAAAUAAAUGA